AGGGAUCGUCCAGAUGGUCCCAAAUAAAUUUAUCUUUGGGUAAUGUUUGGUCAUUACGGUAAUAUAGAUACGAUUCCUACAUUUCAAUCGAGAGACAGUUGAAUUACGAUUGUUGUCAUUUAAUCCGUAACCUUGAUACUGUAAACAAUACGAGGAGUGGCAUUUAUAUGGGAAAUCUUAUCCUCAGUACUGAUGGUCUCUUCACAAGUGGCAGAUAGACUUCAAUAAUGGCAAAGACGCCACUAUCACCGUUCGGGUGGGAGUAUAUCAAUGAUCUCAGUGUCAUUUCCGAAGAUACCAACGGCGUUGACUUUCUGCUCCACCGACUUGACCGGGGUCUAAUUUACACAUGGGUGGGUCCCCUCCUGCUGGCUGUGAAUCCCGGACAGGAGCUUCUCAAGGAGCUCUACGAUGAGUCCCACAAAAAUCAGUUUUCCAAAAACAUGGAUUUGGUCCUUCGUAAUGCACCGCCCCAUGUCUACGCAAUCGCGAAUCGAGCUCGUUACAGACUUGUCCAGGGUCUCGGGAGGAAAUCCCAGGUGAUAGUUAUCAGUGGUGAGAGUGGAACGGGAAAGACCUUCAACGCCCAACAGAUUCUUGGCUUCCUCGCGGGAAUCGACAAGAACGCGGCGAAGCUGAGAUUCCCUGAUGGUGUCGAGAGUAUUGCACAUGAGAUCGGGAAUGUUUGUCCGCUGGUGGCCGCCUUCAGUACAGCCAGUACAGAGCGAAAUCCAAGAAGUUCGAGACAUGGACAGCUAGUUCAGCUGCAGUACAAAGAAGGGGCUAUCAGGGGAGCCUGCGUCCACUCGUUCCUCCUGGAGAGGACUAGAAUCACUCAUUCGGCUGAUAAUUUCCAUAUUUUUUAUCAGUUAAUGGCUGGACUCUCCCCCGAUCAGCUCUCGACUUUAGGCCUCUCAGGCAGCGACGACUACGUCAUUCUAGGUAAGAGCCACCAGCUGGAGUCCCUAAAUUACCGCAAGGCCUUCGCCUCCACAGCACAAGCGAUGGACACCCUAGGCUUCACCGAAACACUGAGAACCGAAAUUUUCCAGAUCCUCGCGCUUCUCCUCCACCUGGGCAACAUAAAAUUCCUGGAAAGAUCCUCGGAGACUUGCGCCCUGGACAGUAUAGACUUUCACUCUCAAAAAGCCAUUGCCCACACCUGCCGAUUAUCCUCCCUCCAAGAGUACGAGCUCGAAGAGCUCCUCACCACCACCCUGAUAUGUCCCAAAAGCACAAGAAGACGUCACACGAUAUACAGACGAGAUUUGAGAACCAUCGAGGCCUGUCGUCACCGCCUCUUCAGCAUAAUCCGAUGUAUCUACGAUGGACUCUUCCACUCUCUCGUCGACAGGAUCAACGAGAUCAUAUCAGCAAAAGGGAACAAUCACCAAUGGCUCGGAAUACUCGAUAUAUUUGGAUUUGAGUCUUUUGAGUUCAACGGAAUGGAGCAACUCUGCAUAAACUACACCACAGAACGCCUCCAGCUCUACUUCAUGGAGGACUACCUGGAGAACGGCCAACGAGAACUCGAGGAGGAGGGCCUGAGUGUCCUCCCACCACCGCCCCUCAUGUCGAUCUACAGGAAUCGUCUAGGGGUGAUCGAGCAGAGCAUCUUCACGACGAUGAAUGAUGCCUGUCAGGCCGCAACAACUCUCACUCCCUCUACAGUCUCUCAACAACUAGUCAUGAGACAAUCCAACGCCAGGGAUUUUCUGAUUGUCCAAUCACAGAAUUUUGUUAUCAAGCAUUACUCCUCUGCUGUUCAGUACAAUAUUCACGAUCUUCUUGAAAAGAAUACGGACAAAGUGCCAGUGGAAUUGUCCAGCACUUUCUCUCAGGCUGACAAUUCCCUCCUGAAGGCAGUGACGAACAGCCCUGAGGACACUCUCAAUGGUCAUGGGAAGGUAAUUGCCAAGAAGUCGACGACUCUCUCCAAAUUGAAGAGCAGCAUGGACUCCCUGAUGCAGGAGCUCAAUAAAUGUGACACUCACUACGUGAAGUGUGUGAGGCCCAGACGAUUAGAGGAGUGGGACAGGGAGGACUUCAGGGAGCAGCUGAUAUCCUCGGGAAUUAUCGAUGCGCUGCCUCUGGCCAAGUGCAAAUUUCCCAUUCGUUUGACCUAUGCGGAGUUCUCCAGACGGUAUUAUCUUCCUGUUGUCUCAGGGGAUUUUAAGGAACAGUUUGGGAAGGCUUUAGGCAAUAUCGUGCGGUUGAAGAACAUCGAGGAAUUGGUGCACUUGGGGCUGAAGAGGAUAUUUAUGACUGAGGAGCUGUUCUUUGAGCUCGAGAGGUACAGGAAGGAGCACAGGUCGAUCUGUGCUAAGAAGAUCGAGAAUUUUUGGUUGAAAUGCAGAUCGAAGCGGAAUGGAGAGGCAGAUACGUCUGGCGAUAUCAUUAUGAAACCGGCGAUAAUCGUUACGAGACCUUCUUUGAAUCCCUUUGAGGACGAUGACGAUGUUUUUGUAGUGGAAAACCCGAAUGACGAACCGUCGACUUCGGUUUCUGCUGAUGAGAUCAAUAAUAAUCAGAAGAAGAUGGAAUUUGUACCGCAGAUUGCUCUGAAUGAUCACAUCGUUGAUGUCUUGAGUCCAAUGGCUGUUACAGUACUAAAUAACUCUUUAAAGGCGAAUAAUGAUAUCGAGAAGUGGUGGAAUGAUCAGAAGCUGCUGGUGAAUACUGGCAAACAUCAAAAGGUGAGGGGGAAUCAGGGGGGAACUAUGCAGAGGGCGAAGGAUGAUUUUGUGGCUGCGUGGCUACUGAACUCGUCAUCUGCCAAGGCGGUCUGUGGUGAUGAUACUCCAGGUCCUGAGUGGGAUGAAACAUUAAACAGAAUUGAGGGUCCCAAGAAGCGUAAGAAAUUGUCUAGAUUUGCACGAAAUGAGACACCUAUUAUUCACUGUUUCUCGAAGGCUGUUUGGAGCAAUAAUGGAUCCAGUGUUAUCUGUGCUGAUGGAGAUCACAGACUUUUCUACAGAAACAGGGUGUUAAGCAAGCGACGACUUGCUGAGGUACCUCUGAGGUUUCAUAUUCACAAAACCUGUCUCGUGAACUCUCACUUUCUCCCUCGACACGAAAUACCGAGGGGUCUCGAGGAUUGUCUCUAAUUAGAGAAAUUUAUUAUAAUAUUAGAAUAUUAUAAUAUCUUUGAUAUUAUUGAUCGGUUUGAGAACGAAGAAAUUGAAUAAUGAAGUUGAUGAAUUUCGAGUAUUCAACUGACCUGCUCUGGGACGCUGAUGUCUGUUUUUUAAGCUAAAAUAGUCCUAGGAUGGUCACAAAUGACUAGAUAAUUAUUAGAUAUGGAUUACUGUGUAUGAAAUCAAUUAGAGAAUUAACGACGAUGAAUGGCACGGAACGUUCUCCAUCAAUUUCCUUAUUUUUAAUUUAUUUUCCAACGAUUAAUAAAUUUCUUCGCAUUCAAAAUUCCGAAGGGAUAUUUCUCGGCCUCUUGAACAAAAUGGAAUUGAACUUAAAGAAAUUAGUCGACCAGUUUUCAACAUUGGUCUCUGAGUUUUAAUGUAAAAAAAUAUUGAAAUUAGUAUAAGUUGUGAGAUAUGUAAAUUUCUCCACAAUGCGUUAUUUUCAAAGUGAAAGUAAUCCUAAAAAUAACAAAACUUUUACCAUCAACUCUCUCGUUUUAAUUUCCAUUUCAACAAUGAGUGAAUGUCCUCACAGUUAACUAUUCUGGAGAAAAAUUCCUCAAAAAAAAUCCGAGGCUUGAGGAAUGCGUAAAUAUCCUUCCAUUUGCACUCAAUGAAAAACAUAAAUAAUUAGGGAAUAACAUUUAAAGAUGAAUAUCAGCUAAGUUGUACGAGCCUCUGAUGUUCUUCUUUUUAUCCUUGAGUAUUAGGAGCCUUCUACAAGCAACAAGGGCAGUUGUUGCACGCAUAUCACUUCGGAGUAUUUGGUAACUGGCACGUAAACUAACACGUCGUAAAUUGUUGGGAGGAACUGGACGACCACCAGCAAAGGCAAACCUGCAAAAACGAGAAAGCACUCAAUAAAAAUUAUGAAAAAUAAAUGAGUUAUAGAGUCUCACUCAGGAAA